AUGAGAACCUACGACGACACUUUCUCCGGCCAAAAGAUCUACCCUGGCAAGGUACGAUGACACUCCCAACUCAUCGCCAUGUGUCGCAAGAGGAGGACAUGAAAAAGGCGCGGGUCAUAGACACAUGAAGCACAUGCGGAUUGUGCUAUUGUCGUAAGAGAUGGGAUACAUGAGACGCCUUGGAGGAACGGAAGCGGUGCUCGAAAAGACCCGCUGGACACAUACGGCUUGAGACGACUUUGAUCGUAGGAGGAUGCCAAGCUGACUUGGGGAAAUGUACAGGGCAAGCUGUUCGUCCGUGGCGACAGCAAGAUCUUCCGCUUCCAAAAUGGCAAGACCGAGUCGCUGUUCCUUCAGCGCAAGAACCCACGCCGCAUCGCGUGGACUGUCCUCUGCCGUCGCCAGCGUAGAAAGGGUAUCACCGAGGUACGGAAACCCGCCCCAUCACACGCCUUCUUCUCUACGGAAUGAGCGAUGCUGAACAUUUGUACAGGAGCAAGCCGCCAAGCGCCGCCGUCGUCAGGUCAAGUCGCAACGCGCUAUCGUCGGUGCCUCGCUCGACGUGAUCAAGGAGCGCCGCUCUCAGCGCCCUGAGGCCCGCACUGCUGCCCGCAGCCAGGCUAUCAAGGAGGGCAAGGAGAAGCGCGCUGCAGCACAGAGCGCGAAGAAGGCUGAGAAGGCCAAGAGCGCUGCCAGCCAGGCCAAGGGCCAGACUACCGGCCGGUAUGAUCAGUCGGAUUCGUUCCCAAGUGAAUGAUGGAGCUAACGUAGUCUCAGUGUUGUCGGCAAGCAAGCCGCCAAGGGCUCUGCACCCAAGCCAAAGGCCACUUCCCGCUAA